UCAUCGAUAUCGAACUUUUACCUCCUUCAGCAGUUUUUCAAAACGAACUUGAAUAUACUUCACAACAAUGUCUGUCGUCUACCUGAAAGCGGUGACCAUAACCCUGGCCCAGCCGUACCCGUAUGAGCUUGUCUUACAGGUGCGGCUUGAUGGAAAAAAGUGGCAGGAGAGUCGAAAGUACACAUCUCGUGUCGACCUCGGUUCAAGUUGCCUGGCAUCAAGAUAAACACAAACAUCUCGUACGAAGAUGCCCGAAAACUUGUCUCCGAGUCUAACGGUUCCAUAGAGCACAAACUUGCCGUGGAACCAAGAGUGACAGUCCACUUCCAGCCGAGCCCUGAUGAUAUCGCGAUGUUGGAUUCCGCCGCUGAGGCAGCUGGCCAGCUCAAAAGCGUCCUGAACCACCUUGGCAAAGUCACUCAAGGUCUUGAUGUGCUUUUAAGCCUUGGAGAGGCCGCGAGUGAGCUGCACCCCAUUGCAAAGGUGAUCGUGGGCGCUGUCAAGUUUAUCUAUGAUCGCCUCCAAGAGCAGGAUAAAAUCAAUACCAUGGUCGUGGACCUCGUCGGCCGGAUGACCAGUACUCUCACUUACGUCCAAGUCGUCAACCAGUACGCACAUCUCAACGAACUUACAGCUCGGCUCAAGCAAGUUCAUCCACUUGUCGACGAAAUACGAGUAUUUGUAGUCCAAUACGCGGCGGCGCCCGGCCUCACAGGCGUUUUAUUGGGAAAAGCGAAAGAAACUGUCGGCCAACUCACUGACAAACUUGCCCAGUUCGACCAGGCCUUCAAUAUUGGUGUCUUGGUGCAGACAGGCAGCGAUAUCGCGAGACUGACAGCAGAUAUGGCGCAAUUGUCUAGUCUCGCAAGGGCUCUCGAUGCUCUGAAACCUCAAGGUUUGAAGCCUCUUGAACGCGAGCGCUGCUUUCCUGAUACUCGCGUCGACAUUACUGAUCGCAUUGAAUCCUGGCUGCGAGAUGACAGCAAGCCGAAUAUCCUAUGGCUGCACGGUGUUCCUGGCGUCGGAAAAUCCACCAUUGCCGCGAGCGUAGCGGACACUCUUCGACAGCGUGGACAGCUCAUGUCGAAUUUUUCAUUCGUCCGUAACGAAACCUCUCAGAGGAAUCCAACCGCUCUCUGGCGCACAGUUGCCUUUGAUCUCAGUCAGCGAUAUCGUGCACUACAGCCCACCAUAGUCAAGGAACUUCAGGAUGGGCUAAUCGAUCUUAAUGACACGACUGCUCGCGAUGUGCUGAAACAGUUGGUGUUGAAGCCCAUCACAGAGUCUCCUGAAGUCAGCAAAAGCUCAUUAUCUGUUGUCAUCAUUGAUGCGCUUGACGAAUCAGGCGGACUUGAAGGGUCACGAUCCCGAAAUCGUGCAAUUGCGCUGCGUACCAUCGAACUUUGGUCUAACCUCCCCCAACAAUUCAAACUCAUCGUCACUAGCAGACCCGAGCAUGAUAUUCAACGUGUACUUAUGCCAAUCAGUACAGCCAUCGAGCUCAGUGUAGGUGCUCAAGUCACAGAGCAGUCUUCGGCAGAUGUACGCAAGUACAUCGAAUCACGUUUCGCAGAGAUCGCACUCCCACACAAGUCCGUGUUGGAAUCCUCUUGGCCAGGAGGAGAUGUAUGUACAGAGCUCACUAACCGUGCUGCUGGUGUAUUUAUCUGGGCGAAAACGGCUCUUGACUUUGUUGGCUAUGGACAACCACGCAAGGCUCUAGAACGGCUCCUCAUGAAGGGUAUAACCCGUGGUGGCGUCUACGAGCUAUACGAGUUAGUUUUACGGAUGGCGCUUGACCCUGGCGACGACGAUAUUCUUGAAUCCUUUCGCAUUAUCACUGGGGCCCUGAUCUAUAUGAAGGCCUCUCUUCGACGUGAUGAUCUUGUUGCAUUCCUCGGUGUGGAUGCUUUGACCUUUAGUCAUGUCUGCAUACAUCUCAAAUCAGUAAUGGAUUAUGACUCGAAUGAUAUACUCCGAUUCACCCACCAAUCAUUCCCCGAUUUUUUGUUAAAUGCAGACGCAUGUCCUCCCCAAUUUAUGCCCACUGGCGCAGUUCAUCAACGACACCUUGUCCUUCGUUGUUUGACCAUGAUGAACGAAGGUCUGCACUUUAAUCUGUGCCAGCUGAAUACCUCCCACUGUCGCAACGUUGAUAAUCCUACGUUACCAGACUCGAUUGCAGCUCAUAUCCCUCCAAUGCUUUCCUAUGCAUGCCGUUUUUGGGCCGAUCAUCUGCAAUGCAUUGGCAUAGAUAACUCCGUCGUAACCGCUCUCAGAGAACUCAUGUUCGAGCGCCUCUUAUUCUUGAUUGAGGCACUCAGUCUACUCCAAGAUAUUAGGGCAGGUGCAGACGCGAUGUCGAUUCUGGCGCAAUGGGCUAAGGAGCUUCCUGAUAGCGGCAUCCACAGACUUGCAAUGGACACCAUUCGUUUCAUUGCGCAGUUCUCAUACCCGAUCUCCGAAAGUACCCCACAUCUUUACGUCUCUGCACUUCCGUUUGCCCCGGUACAGUCUGAGCUGUCACGACACUACUUGAAACGAUGGCCGAGUGUUCUGACCGUUGAUAUCGGAAAGCAUGAGAAUUGGCCAAACCUGGUCAUGACCAUAGAACAACAAGAGAGUAGUGUUACUACCUCAGUUAUCUUUUCACCCAAUGGAAACCUCGUCGCUUUUGGUUCCCAUGACGGGACCAUUCAUGUUGCAGAUUCCCAAACAGGUACUGUCGUCUCAGGUCCUUUUGAAGACCACUCAGAAAUCAUGUCGAUUGCUUUCUCUCCUGACGGGCAACACAUUGUUUCGGGUACUAGUGGUGGUACAGUAUGUGUAUGGGACGUCCAAACAGGUAUCAUCACACUUGGCCCGCUAGCUAUUCAGGAAAAGGUGACAUGUGUUGCUUUCUCUCCAAACGGAAAAUGCAUUGCCUUCAGUACUGAAAAAAGCAUUUCUAUGAUUGCCUGUAACCCAGGAACGGGUGAAUUGAUAUGGACGUCACACGAGGGGCAGUCUUGUUUGGCUUUUUCAAGGAAUGGGAAGCAGAUUGUAUCGGCACACAAACACGCCUCAUCCUGUUAUGGUAUCUGCAUCUGGGAUGUAGAAACAGGACAAAUUAUAUUAGAGCCUCUCUUUAGAGGGUACGAGUGGGAUGAGAGUUCUGCCAUAUCAGUCUCGUUCACACCCGACGGUCACUUUGUUUUCUCAGCAUCUAAGGUCGGGGGGGUAAGACGAUGGAACUUAAAGACCGGGUGCCUUGAUAUGGUGCGUUGGCCAUUCAAGACCAUGGCCCAAUUAGAUGUUUCAUCUGAUGGCACUUUGUUUGCUGUAAUCACUUACGACGGAGACAUCGUGAUCAGGAAUACUCUGACUGGAUCUGUCGUUUCUGGGCCAUGGCGCGGCCACCGUUGGCGUUGGUCAGGAAAUUCUCUGAUGUUUUCUCCGGAUGGAACACGUCUUGUUACGUGUAGUGUGGAUGCAACAGUCAGAGUAUGGGAUGUACAUACAGAUCCAACGACGUCGAGUCUACCGCACCAAUUAGAGCCAGUACGUGCCUUGGCCUUCCCGGAGAAGAACAAGGUAGUAAGCAUCUUUGGCAAAAGCAUUGUUACUUUAGAUGUGUCCACAGGCCAUGUCCUGUCUAAGCCACUGAUUAGCUAUCCGGACGAAGGUAAACAAGAAAUGCCCCCUGCGACAAUAUCUAACACUGGGAAACACCUUGCGGUGGCUGGAAAGUAUGGUGUUCACAUCUGGAAUGUGGACACCGGUGCCCUUCUGCAUGGAGACCUCGGCGACGAAGACCGCACAAAUCGUGCGGAUAUCUACUCAUUAGUCUUUUCUUCCAAUGACAGCAAUGUCAUUUGUGGUGAUGCCAGUGGACAGAUUGCCAUCUACCGCAUAUCUGAUGGUGAUCUGCUUCGGCUAAUUCCAGGCGCUCAUGAAUCCCAAGUUUCGGGACUAGCUUCGACGCCAGACGGGAAGCAAAUCGCAUCAUGUUCGUAUGAUACGACUCUCCGCAUCUGGGAUAUAGAUUCUGGUAGCUCUGUAGUUGCACAAAAGGUAGCCAGCUAUUCGCAUAUGAUAUGUAUAGCGCUGGCGUCAGAUGGGGGGUGCGCAGUAGCAGGCUCACUAAGAUGCGAAACUAUUGCUGUGUGGGAUGUGCGGACCGGGGUUUUAGCGAAGGCGGGAUUUGACUGGUUUGACGACGAUGAUAUAGAAGCUGUAGCAUUUUCACCUAACGAUAAGUACGUGGCCGCUUCCUUAAGUCAGAACGUCGAUAUUUGGGACGUCAAGACUCGUGCAGUCAUACAUGGCCCUCUCGUAGGUCACAGAAGCCGGAUUUUAUGCGUUAAAUUUUCGCCAGAUGGUAAAUACCUAGUAUCGGGCGCCUUCAACGGCUCAAUGCGGGUCUGGGACGUGUCCAGCCUGCUCGACGAACCUAGAGACAACCUGGAACCGAAUCCAUCACUCCCUCAUACCGGUGGCGACGACGGAUGGGCUUCGAAUGCAUCAGGAGAAUUGCUGUUCUGGGUGCCGCCUAUGCAUAGAGACAAUCUCUGGAGGCCAACCAACGUCGCAGUCGUGGGAGAUGGUGCAACCAGGAUUAAUUUUGACAAUUUCGUGCAUGGAGAAGAUUGGGCGAGAUGCUACGACAGCGGCGCUGCUUGA